CCAGCGCCUCUGUUGCGGCUCCGCGGGUCGCGGUCUCCUCCGCCGCCGUCACUUGCGCUCGCGCCGGCGGCUGCGUAGCUGAGGCUGGGAGCCGAGGACUUCCCGCUGGAUCUCCUCCCGCCGCUACAGGGAGAGGACUACUCCAGUCCCUCUCCGUCCUCUCCACCCCAGCUCCAGGCUCUCGCGGCUGGACACUGUGCCUGCUAGAUUCUUCCCGGAUGCUCCCGGACUAGCAUGGAUGUCCCACCAUCCCUUGCAGUGGAAGCUUGCUCCUUGGCGCAGUAAGUGAGGAACAUGCAGCGACUGCUAAUGGGUUUGGGAAGCGGAGACUCCUUCCUCUCUCUGUGACCAUGCCGUGAUUGUGUCUGCGGUGACUACUCCACGCAUCCUCCUCCUCGUCCAAGCCCGGAGCCUAACGCUACAUCGGGGAAGUGGGUGCCGCGUGCGCAGGCACGGAAACAUCAUGAAGAUUAUUUCCCCGGUUCUAAGUAAUCUAGUCUUCAGUCGCUCCAUUAAAGUCCUGCUCUGCUUCCUGUGGAUCGGAUACUCGCAAGGAACCACGCAUGUGUUAAGAUUCGGUGGUAUAUUUGAAUAUGUGGAGUCUGGUCCAAUGGGAGCUGAAGAACUUGCAUUUAGAUUUGCUGUGAACACAAUCAACAGGAACAGGACUUUGCUGCCCAAUACCACUUUAACUUAUGACACCCAGAAGAUCAAUCUCUAUGAUAGUUUUGAAGCAUCUAAGAAAGCUUGUGAUCAGCUGUCUCUUGGGGUGGCUGCUAUCUUCGGGCCUUCGCACAGUUCGUCAGCAAAUGCGGUGCAGUCCAUCUGUAAUGCUCUGGGGGUUCCUCACAUACAGACCCGCUGGAAGCACCAGGUGUCAGACAACAAGGAUUCCUUCUAUGUCAGUCUCUACCCAGACUUCUCUUCGCUCAGUCGUGCCAUCUUGGAUUUGGUGCAGUUUUUCAAGUGGAAAACCGUCACGGUUGUGUACGAUGACAGCACGGGUCUCAUUCGCUUGCAAGAGCUCAUCAAAGCUCCGUCAAGGUACAAUCUUCGACUUAAAAUCCGUCAGCUUCCAGCAGAUACAAAAGAUGCAAAGCCUUUACUGAAAGAAAUGAAAAGAGGCAAGGAGUUCCAUGUGAUCUUCGACUGUAGCCAUGAAAUGGCAGCAGGCAUCUUAAAACAGGCAUUAGCUAUGGGAAUGAUGACAGAAUACUAUCAUUAUAUAUUUACCACUCUGGACCUCUUUGCUCUUGAUGUGGAGCCCUACAGAUACAGUGGUGUAAAUAUGACAGGGUUCAGAAUACUAAAUACAGAGAAUACCCAAGUCUCCUCCAUCAUCGAAAAGUGGUCUAUGGAACGGUUGCAGGCACCUCCAAAACCUGACUCAGGUUUGCUGGAUGGAUUCAUGACGACGGAUGCUGCUCUGAUGUAUGAUGCAGUGCAUGUCGUGUCUGUGGCUGUUCAGCAGUUUCCACAGAUGACAGUCAGCUCCUUGCAGUGUAAUCGACACAAACCCUGGCGCUUUGGGACCCGCUUCAUGAGUCUGAUUAAAGAGGCUCACUGGGAAGGCCUCACAGGUAGAAUAACGUUUAACAAAACCAAUGGCUUACGGACAGAUUUUGAUUUGGAUGUGAUCAGUCUCAAGGAAGAAGGUUUGGAGAAGAUUGGAACUUGGGAUCCAGCCAGUGGCCUGAAUAUGACAGAAAGUCAGAAAGGAAAGCCAGCAAACAUCACAGACUCCUUGUCUAAUCGUUCUUUGAUUGUUACCACAAUUUUGGAGGAACCCUAUGUCCUGUUUAAGAAGUCUGAUAAACCUCUCUACGGGAAUGACCGAUUUGAAGGCUACUGUAUCGAUCUCCUACGAGAGUUAUCUACGAUCCUUGGCUUUACAUAUGAAAUUAGGCUUGUGGAGGAUGGGAAGUACGGAGCCCAGGAUGAUGUGAAUGGACAAUGGAAUGGAAUGGUUCGUGAACUAAUCGAUCAUAAAGCUGACCUUGCCGUUGCUCCACUGGCUAUUACCUAUGUUCGAGAGAAGGUCAUCGACUUUUCCAAGCCGUUUAUGACACUUGGAAUAAGUAUUUUGUACCGCAAGCCCAAUGGUACAAACCCAGGCGUCUUCUCCUUCCUGAAUCCUCUCUCCCCUGAUAUCUGGAUGUAUAUUCUGCUGGCUUACUUGGGUGUCAGUUGUGUGCUCUUUGUCAUAGCCAGGUAA